AUGGUCGUAAUAGUAGACGGCUCACGAUCACAUCGUAUCCAUCAUUUCGUUCUGGUAUCCGAUUCGCCGUUGGACUUGAAGGCCGGCUUGAACGGUUCCGAUAGAUUGUGCUGGCUAGCUAAACGAUAUACGCUGGUCGGAACUGGAGUCCCCAGCCGGCUAAAGCCGUUCGCGACAUGUGGUCAACACCAUGUCAUGAAGUAUCCUACUUAUUCUCUGCAUGCUUUCUCUGCUCUGGCAGUCCUCGUGAGCGUGUACCUCGACUAUACCCGUAACCCGGACGCACAUUUCGACACCCGUUUACUGAUCUGCAUUACCUUGGACCCAGCAUAUACGGUACAUGAAGCCCACGGAUUUAAGUCCGAACAGACUCCGACAGAUGCAAUGGCCACGAGGGUCGUGAAAUCGGAUACUCGUUGCGCAUCCCACAAGGGGUUGCGAACGAGUCCGUUGGUCGCUAACUAUAAGUUGGUCGAGUCGCAUUCUGGCAGGAACUUCUUUGAUAACUUUACGUUCUGGAAUACGAGCGAUCCUACCCGAGGCGCCGUCAACUACCGCAGUCGAUCAGACGCUGAAGCAAUGAACCUCACGGGCGUCAAUAAUGUCGAAAAUGCAUACAUCAAAGUUGAGACAACUCCGGUAGUCUCCGGGGAUCGAUCAAGUAUCCGUAUUGGCACGGAAAAUACCUUUACUGAGGGAAUAUUCGUCAUUGACGCUCUCCAUAUGCCUCACGGAUGUGGCACCUGGCCAGCUUUCUGGUCGACUGGUCCUGAUUGGCCCACAUAUGGUGAAAUAGACAUCAUAGAGGGUGUGAACGAGUAUACGCAAAAUCAGGCUUCAAUCCACACGGCGUCUGGAUGCUCUCUGCCAUCGAUUUCAUCCAAGGUUCUUGGAAUGGAAGCGACUCUGGUCGGACCAACUGAUUGCGAUGCAAGGGAAACAAGGGACCAGGGAUGCGGAAUGAGGUCCAACUCAAAUAUCACCUUCGGCUCAGGGUUUAAUUCCGUCGGGGGCGGCGUAUAUGCCCUGGUUUGGAGCGACAAGGAAAUUGCCGUGCAUUUCUUCCCUCGCGAUUCUAUCCCACAGGACUUAUUGAGCGAUUCCCCGACGCCUGAUACUUGGGGAACACCAAUGACCCGCUGGCCGUCGACGGAUUGUGAUAUAAACAAGUUCUUCCAGAAUCACACAAUUAUUAUCAACACUACUCUCUGCGGAACUUGGGCUGGCCUUAUUUGGAACCAAACAGGUAUAGCAGGACAAGAUGCUAGUUGCGCUGCAAGUACAGGAUAUGCAACUUGCGAAGACUUUACACAGAACAACGGAACUGCAUUUGUUGAUGCCUACUGGGAAAUAGCAAUGCAUUAUUUCCGGGUCUGCCAAUCUGUUACGGGUGGAAAACUGUAG